AUGAAUCAAUGUCUACUCGACGAAUUACCUAUUGAAAUUUUACACAUUCUAUUCUCGUAUUUUUUGGCUCAUGAAAUCUUCUAUUCGUUCUUAAAUAUCAAUUCUUAUCUUGACGCAGCAAUCGUAUCUUAUCCGAACUAUCAACUCAAUUUCCAAUCGAUUAGCAAAUAUUAUUUCGAUCUCGUUUGUCAACAUAUUUCGCCAAAACGAGUCAUUGCAAUAACAUUAUCCGAUGAUAAUGAUACAUGUGGUCAAUCUGAUAUCUUUCUAUCUCGCUUUCAAAUCGAUCAAUUCGUUAAGCUGCGAUCGUUAACAUUAAUACGCAUAGAAUUAAAAUCAUUGAAAUAUAUCAAUUCAUAUUUACAUAAACUUGAUCAGCUCGUGUCACUUACAUGCGACUUGACAUUAAACGAUUCGUCGUUCGCUAUAUUUCAACUAGGUCAACGAAUACAAUUUUCACUUGUCAGCACUGAUCUGUUAUCUGGGAUGCCACUUUCUCAUUUACAUCACUUGGCCAUUGUACAAUGUUCAUUUAAAACGUUCCUUAUUAUUUGUAAUUUAGCACGACAACUUAAAACACUGGACAUCGAACUGAUUGGUUGUCCGCCAAACGCUGAUUUGCAAUUUGAAUUCGUUCAACUUACUCGCCUUAUUCUACGAAAUCUUAGUUGGCAUGCAUCUAUGAAGGAUAUAGAAUCAGCAUUGCUCAAACUUCCACGUCUUAGACAUCUCGAAAUAUCAACAUCUGGCCAUGUUGAUCUUGCUGAUGCAUAUCGAUGGGAAACGUUAUCAAAGGAUUUUCUUACUCUGAAAUUUUAUUUCAAAAUUCAACUUAGUUCAAUCGAAAAAACUCUUGGGUCAUUUCGUACUCCGUUCUGGCUCAUAGAGAAACAGUGGUUUGUGGCUUAUGAAAAUAUGUCAUUCUUUACAUUACCGCAUUUUCUCCAGACGCAUGCCAAUGAAUAUUUUCAGCUUCCUAAACACUCGACGUGCAUUAACAAUGCCAUUAUUUAUGAACAUAUCACUAAAUCAAUAUUCGUUGAUAAAAUAAUCAAACCUGAUCAUCGUUUUACCCAUGUUCAUACACUAGAACUUCGAAAUAAGACUGCUAACGUUGAUUUAACGGCUCUUGCUGCUGCCGUUGAUUUACAUGUUGUAAAAACACUAUUGUUACCGUCCUCGAUAGAACACAAGAAUAUCAUAUUUCUUCUCAACAAUAUGCCUCGUCUUGAAAAUCUCUCAAUCAACACUGUAAGAUUAAUCGUUGGUUUUCUUGUUUUCAAAUCUGAUAAUAUUAAAUACUUGCAUAGUUGGCAAACAAACAGUCAAACAGUUGCGAAAUAUAGGUAG